UACAAAAAGGCUGCAAAGCUAAUUCGUUUUUAUACUGGGUUCUUGGUAAUUUACCAGUUGCAGCAGAUUAAUCGAUCUCCUACUUUGGUUUAGGCGACGACAGCUUUUCGUUUUCUAGGGUUUGCUUUUGCUCAGCUACGUGUUCCCUUAUCUCGUAUUUUCAGUCCUUUUUAAAAGAUAAAGAAAGGGACGACAAAAAUCAAGAGAGGGUUUAGGUUCAGGGAUUGUAAUGAGGGAUCAACUGAAUUCGGAUCUGUUCGACCCGAGAAGUGAGAUGGACUCCAAUUGUACGCGUGGUGCCUCAGGCUCCGGCGGUGAUUUCGCUUUCGCUUUCAACGACAGUAAUUUCUCCGACCGGCUUCUGAGGAUCGAGAUUAUGGGCGGGCCGUCUGAAUGUGCUCCCGAAGGUGAGGGUUGCACCAGCAUCGCCGAUUGGGCUCGCCACCGCAAGAGGCGCCGGGAGGAUAUCAAGAAGGAAAAUGCUUUGGAUCUUAGUUUAUGUCCCGAGGAGCAGGUUUUAAAUGACAACCAACCUGAUAUGGAUGAUGGUUUGGGCUGUGAAAAUCAAUAUGAGGAGGCAGUGGCAAUGGUUGAAGAAACGCAAUCAGGCGAUGAGGAUGCAAAUAGCAAUGAAUCAAGUUGGAACAUGGAUUGUUCUACAGUUGUGACAGUUAAAACAUUGCAUAUCAGUUCUCCCAUUUUAGCCGCAAAAAGCCCAUUCUUCUACAAGCUUUUCUCAAAUGGGAUGAGAGAAUCAGAGCAACGACAUGUAACCUUAAGAAUUGGUGCCUCUGAGGAAGGUGCCCUCAUGGAACUUUUGAAUUUUAUGUAUAGCAACACCUUAUCUGUCACCGCAGCUCCUGCCUUGCUUGAUGUGCUGAUGGCUGCUGAUAAAUUUGAGGUUGCCUCUUGCAUGAGAUAUUGCAGCCAACUAUUGUGCAAUUUGACUAUGACACCAGAGUCAGCUCUGCUGUAUUUGGAUCUUCCAUCUAGUGUUUUAAUGGGCGAAGCUGUGCAGCCUUUGACUGAUGCUGCUAAACAGUAUCUUGCUUCCCGCUACAAGGACAUGACCAAGUUCCAAGAAGAGGUAAUGGCUUUGCCACUAGCUGGGAUUGAGGCAAUAUUGGCCAGUGAUGAUCUGCAAAUUGCAUCUGAAGAUGCUGUGUACGACUUUGUUUUGAAGUGGGCCAGGAUUCAGUACCCCAAACUGGAAGAGCGAAGGGAAGUUCUUGGUUCACGCCUUGCACGCUUUAUUCGCUUCCCUUAUAUGACCUGCAGGAAGCUUAAGAAGGUGCUAGCAUGUAAUGAUUUUGAUCAUGAAUUUUCGUCGAAGCUUGUGCUCGAGGCUCUAUUUUUCAAGGCUGAAGCCCCACAUAGACAACGAAGCUUGGCUGCAGAGGAGUCUGCCAGCUUGAACUGUCGCUUUAUUGAGCGAGCUUACAAAUAUCGUCUGGUUAAAGUGGUUGAAUUUGAAGUUCCCCGUCAACAGUGUGUUGUAUACCUGGACUUGAAGAGGGAAGAGUGUGCAAAUCUAUUCCCAUCGGGACGGGUUUAUUCUCAGGCGUUCCACCUGGGAGGACAAGGUUUCUUCCUGUCAGCUCAUUGCAACAUGGAUCAGCAGAGCUCGUUCCACUGUUUCGGGUUGUUCUUAGGAAUGCAGGAAAAGGGUUCCGUUAGUUUUGCAGUAGAUUACGAAUUUGCUGCAAGGUCAAAGCCAACGGAGGAGUUUAUAAGCAAAUACAAGGGCAACUACAAAUUUACCGGUGGCAAGGCAGUUGGCUAUCGGAAUUUAUUUGCCAUACCUUGGACAUCGUUCAUGGCGGAAGACAGUCUUUACUUCAUAAAUGGUGUUCUCUAUCUUAGGGCUGAGUUAACCGUCAGGCAGUAACCAUACGGAGCUUCGAUCCAUCUACUUUAGCUGCACUAACUCCGUUGUUUCUCUCUGUUGUUUCUUUCUUCACUUUGACCCGACCACAAUCCAAUAUGUACCAAGUAGAACAAUGGGUUUGAUCUUUUGAUUUUUAAUCAUCAAUUUUCUUGAAAUUGAAAUGUGAUACUUCGUCUUAGACCUGUAACGCGGCAGAGUUGAGUUGUCGAUCCAAAGUAUACAAAUAGUUUUAGAUAUUGUUUUGUUGA